AUGGCGGAGGUGCAGAUCAAAAAGAAGCGAACCUUCAAGAAGUACACCUUCCGAGGCGUCGAUCUCGACCAGCUCUUGAACCUCAAGACCGAGAACCUCGUCGAGCUCCUCGGCUGCCGACAGCGACGACACUACGCCCGAGGCAUCAAGCGCCGAGAGGAAAACCUCCUCAAGCGACUCCGAGCUUCCAAGCGAGCCGUCGACCCCAACGAGCCCGGUGCCAAGCCCGCCUGCGUCAAGACCCACCUCCGAUCCGUCAUCGUCAUCCCUGAGAUGGUCGGUGCCAUCGUCGGUAUCUACAACGGAAAAGUCUUCAACCAGGUCGAAAUCAAGCCCGAAAUGAUUGGCUACUACCUCGCCGAAUUCUCCAUGUCCUACAAGCCAGUUCGACACGGUCGACCCGGUAUCGGUGCCACCCACUCUUCUCGAUUCGUCCCACUCAAGUAA